AUGCCUAUUACGCCCAGCCAUGAAUUGCGCGCGAGCCUUGAAAGACAUAACAAAGCAUUCGAGACCCUCUUGCAAUUAAUUCCCGCCAAAUAUUAUCUUCCACAGGAGCAAGAGGAUGAUAACAUUGGGACCAAGUACCAAAAGAACAAGAAAAAGCAAGUCGCACCUAAGCAGGCGUUCAAAGAAGCGACCAAAAAGGCACGACGAGACAAGCUCGAUCCCGCCAAUAACAAAUCCAUCUUAGAGAUACAGAGGGAAGCCGCUGGUCUUCAGGACUCGGCUUCGAGCAAUGCGAAGCAGAAGGGAAAGCAUAAAGCCACCGAGGACGAAGAUUCAGACGACCCAGAUGUCGAGAUGGCAGACCUCUCCGAUGCUCCUCGAGAUUCUUCCACAGCUCCACAAGCAAUGCCAUCGUACGAAAGUAUUUCGACAGUUCGUGCCAAAUUACAUGCUCGUAUCGACAGCUUGAAGAAAGAACGGGGUGCUCCCACAGGAGAGCCUGGGAGUCGUGAUGAACUAUUAGAAGAGCAGAGACGGAAGCGUGGUUUGCUUCGAGAGAAGAGGAGGCAGGCUACGCGCGAGCGAAAACGCAAUGAAGAGGCGGGGAAACAAAAGAAAUCCAACACACAGGAGAGGGACAAGGGCCAUCAGACUAAAGCACAGCUCAUAGUUCCAGAUCCAGUAACCGGCGGAUCUACAAGCGGAGCCACCAACGUUACAUUUUCAGCGAUCGCCUCAUCGGGAGGUCCAGCCAAAGCGAAAAAAUAUGCUACAGUCGCGGAUCCUCGUGCUGCCCUUAGCCAACUCAACUCUCGAAAUGAGAAACUUGCUUCUUUACCUACAGAAAAGCGAGAGGCCAUUGAAGAACGAUCCCGUUGGGAAAAGGCCGAAAUCCGUGCCGAGGGUGGAAAGGUGCAUGAUGAUCCUGCCCGACUCAAGAAAGCCGCCAAACGAAAGGAGAAAGAAAAAUCAAAAAGCAAGCUUGAAUGGGACAAGAGAAAGGAAGUGCUUGCCGCAAAUAUGGCAGCGAAACAGAAAAGGCGCUCGGAUAACAUUGCUCAGCGUAACGAGCGGAGAAAUGACGCUCGAAAAGGAAUCAAACCGAAAACAGGUAAGGCUCGGCCCGGCUUCGAAGGAAAACGCACAUUCGGUAGCAAGAAGGGCUCCGGCAAGAGCAAUAAAUAA